UUUUUUUUUGUUUUUUAAUUUAAUAAAAAGCACCUACAUUUUGCAGCCAUUUCUUAUUUAUGUUUAUUAUUAUUUUUUAUUUGGCAGCACCACCUUGCCUCGUUAUACUAAACUCCAGAUUUGAAUCAGGAAGUCUCCUCAUUCCUUCCCUUCUCUCAUUCUCUCUCUUUUAUCUGUUGUAUUUGUAGGCAACCGGUUCUCCUUCAGCCUUCCCCAUUUGCAUUUCAUUUUCAGUUCAAAAGUUGAAACCUCUUCAACUCUUUCAUGGUGCUGAAAUUCAUACCAUCCUGAAGAAAAAGAAGAAAAAAAAAAAAUUCAGUAGUCUUUCUUUCCCUGCCUUGUUUCUUUAAGUAUAUAAUAUUGGGUUCUACACGCAUUGUUUUGUUCUUUUGUUAAAAGCUAGAACAGAGUUGCUUUGCUUUGCUAAAAUCAGUUGCAGAGAAUCUGAUGAUGUCUCAAAAGCCCUUGCACCAGCUCCUGCAAGAGGAUCAAGAACCAUUCUUGCUCAAGAACUACAUUGCUGACAGACGUUGCCAGCUCAAGAAACCAUCUCCAAAAUCCCACUUACAAAUCAAGAAACGAAAGCCUGUUUCCCACAACUCUAAUUUCCCUCACAAUUUCUGCAGGAAUGCUUGCUUUUUAUCUGUUAACAACUCUCCAGACCUCAGAAAAUCCCCUCUCUUUGAGUUCCAAUCUCCUUCCAAAAGCCCCUGCAGAAGUCCCAAUGCCAUCUUCCUCCACAUCCCUGCUAAAACCGCAGCUCUUCUUCUUGAAGCUGCCCUUAGGAUCCAAAAACAACCAUCAUCUCCAAAAGCCAAAAACAAUAAUGGAUUUGGUUUAUUUGGGUCCUUAAUAAAGAGAAUAACUCAUCGUAAUAAAAUCCGAAAGCAAGAAAUCAGUGGCGAUGGGGUUAAAGCUUCAGUUAAGGACAUUCUAAGGUGGGACUCUUCUCUUGGCCGUAGAAAACUAUCUAAUGAAAGAGAAAGCAAGCGAGAGCAAGCGAUUAUGGUUAAUGUACAUGAGAAGAGUACUUGUAAGAUGGGUUUUUCUUGCUCUUGCAAUGGGGGGCCAACUAGUGCGGUUUGGUCAGAGAGCAAUGAAGAGAAGUCCUGGGAUUUGGAUUUAAAUACAUCAAGCAGUAGCCAAUAUGAGGAGGAAGAGGAGGACUGUGUAGGAAAUUUUGAGUUCGUUGACAAACUAAUAAUAGAUUUGGAUGGUAAUACUGAUUUUGCUUCUUAUGAUAAUCACUUCUGUGAAAGUCCUUUCCAUUUUGUUCUUCGAAGAAGCCCUUCCUCCGGUCACCGGACCCCAGUAUUCUCGUCUCCGGCCACCUCACCUAGUCACCAUAAAACAGAGGGAAAAGAGAAUAAUGAUGUAGAAAGUUUAAUGAAAUUCCAAGCACAUCAAGAAAAAGAUGAGGAGGAAGAAGAAGAUAAAGAACAAUGUAGUCCUGUUUCUGUAUUGGAACCUCCUUUCCAAGACGAUGACGAUGGACAUGACGAUCAAAGCGAGGACGACGGUUUUGAUCUUGAAUGCAGCUAUGCAAUUGUACAAAGAGCAAAGCAGAAGCUAUUGCAAAAGCUACGUAGAUUUGAGAAACUAGCAGAGUUGGAUCCAGUUGAACUCGAGAAAAUAAUGCUGGAGCAAGAAGAAGAAAGUGAUGAUAACAGUGGUGAUGUUAAUGACAUAGAGGAAGACGUGCAAGGUGAAGACAAUGAGCUAGUCUUUUCUGAGAGGGAACAGAACAUUGACAGGUUUAUCAUUGAAGAACUUAGUAAAAAAAGCUUCUGUCGUCUAAGAAAAAUCCCAAGAGACAUGAAGAGAUUGGUUUCUGAUCUCAUUAAAGAAGAAGAGAAAGAACCAGAAUGUGUUGCUGAUAGAGAAACAAUGGUUAAAAGGGUCUGCAAGAGGUUUGAGUCAUGGAAACAGGUGGAAUCAAACACCAUUGAUAUGAUGGUGGAACAAGAUUUUGAGAGAGAAGAGAUUAAUGGGUGGAAAAGAAACCAACAACAGGUGGGGGAGACAACACUAGAUAUUGAACUAGGAAUCUUUGGAUUAUUGGUGGAGGAGUUGUCUGAAGAACUAGCUGGCUUAACUGGGAUCUAAUGAGAAACAAUUUUUGAAGCUCUCAUGUUAUUUAAAAUGAAUUUUGGUUUAACUUUCUUUGAUUUUUCCCCUUUUUCUAAAUUAAAUAUUAAUGAGGGUCUAGUCUAACAUCCACCAUCAAGGGAUAAGCUAAUUAGAAAAGAAGAUCCAAGGCGAGAAGGAUCUGGGUUAGAUGGUAGUAUGGUUUUAUGUAUAUUUUAUCAUGUAAGAGAUGGGGGAAUUUGUCUGAUAUAUCCUUUGCUUGAUGAGACAUGGCAUGUAAAAUUCCUGUCCUUUGUAUGUAUAUUAUUUACAUUUUACCUA